CCAUUGUUGAAGGACUGUACACCCUAUUCAGAGAGUUGUUGCCAAGCCUCACAAAACCAAGAGGUGGUAACAUCAUUGAAGACCUUGAGGUUUUUGAAAACGCACACAUUUGCUGGGCUUACCUGUUAUCUGAAUCUGAGGGAGAGAGUUCAGAACAUGAGAAUUAUGCAUCAAUGACUUUGACAUCUGAAACAGGCGAGCGGCUAAGUGAACCAGUUAAAAUACCUGGUGUUCCGGAUGUCUUUGAAAGACAGUAUGUAAUGCAGAAAAUUAAAGAUGAUGAAAGAAUCCCAAACUGUUCUGAGAACCUGAGUGUUAUGUCAAUGAAGAGAGCCACUGAUGUUGAAAAGAUGUUGCUUAGUCUGCCUCCAUUCUUCACAACAUUCCCUCUUUGGAUUUCUCAGGAUCUUGUGACUUGUCAGAACUUUCAGAUAAAUGUAACGAAGACUUUUGGCAACUUGAAUGAAGAAUUGAAAAAAUACCCUCACCUGAUGGUGACUCCACCAUUGCUGUUAAAGGAUUUAGGAGUGGAAGGACCUCGUCUCGUUUUCUUGCAAGAAGAUAACCUUGGUGUUUACAUCAGUAAAAACAAAAUGACUCCUCAGCUGGUCAUUGUUCAUGAUUGCUUAACUGGAAAAUCCAUCACUGUGAAUGUGGAUGAGUUGGCAAAUAAGUUGAGAGAUGUCAGAAGUGACCAGACAUUCAUGACCACCAGGACUCCUCAAGAGGCUAUUUUGGUGCUAAUGGAUUCAAGCUCCUCCAUGAGUGAGGAAUGUUAUGAUUCAGAAAUCCAAAUGAAACGUAUUGAUGCAAUCAAACAGCUCUUUGACAACUUUGCACAGAGAAGCAUGGCAUAUGGCUUUCAUCAUGUCAUUAGCUUGGUGAAGUUUGAUUCUUCUGUUAAAACUCUCCACACAUUUACAGAGACGCUGGAGACCUUUAAGGAAUACAUACACAAACUUAAGGCACAGGGACGCACUCUCCUGUAUGACGCCUUGGAUCACGGCAUAUCUGAACUGGAAAAGGUUCAGGUCCUAUUUCCAGACUGCAGACUUCGCAUCAUAUGUCUCACAGAUGGGAAUGAUGUGGGGUCAGCAUCAAAGCCAGAGGCCGUUACAACCAGAUUGAUCAACUCUAACAUCACUGUUGAUGCCAUCAUUGUUGGAAAGGUAGAGAACAAUAUACUGUGUGGAAUCAGCAAAGCAACAGGAGGUUGUUGUUUCAAACCAGAGACCAGUAAAGAUGGUCUAAAGCUCUUUGAAAUGGAAACAGUUCUGUCUUUAGAACUGAGGAAGCCAAAGAAGAAAGCCAACCCAUCAACCAUUACUAGUAAGAGUGUUUUGCUUGCGCUCUUUGCCAUCUGUGGCUAUGAUGAGGAACCUGAAGUAACUCAACCCUGUGAACUACAAAAUAAAGUGACUGUGACUGCGAAUGCAUUAAAAAAGAAGAUCCUGGAAUCGAAGAGCGGACGCUUUUUGGAGAAGGACAAGCGCAUUCUGGAAGAGCUGAAGAGCCUGCACUGUGAUCCACAUCCAUUCUGCACAGUUUUGCCGUCAGAGUCCGAUUUCACAUUUUGGAAGAUUCUCCUGCAGGGACCCCCUGAUACACCUUACGAGGAUGGAGUGUUUGAACUGUACUGUCAGUUUGGCGCCGAGUACCCAGUCAAACCUCCACUAAUGCGCUUUGUCACACCUGUGUACCACUGCAACAUUAACACCGUGGGCCGUAUCUGCCACAACAUAUUUGACCGGAACUACUCCGCCCAUGUAACCAUGAGAGAGAUGUUGGAUGCCGUGUAUGGACUGCUCAUCGCCCCUGAACCUGCAGACCCACUGGACAGUGUUUUGGCAGAGGAGUACCUGACCAGCAGAGGAAAGUAUGAAACGGAGGCCAAGAAAAACACAGAGAAAGUUGCAGGCAAAUCAAUGGAUGAUUUGGAGAAGAACUUGGUGGGUCAAGAGUUGACUGGGACAUACAUUCCUCCACAUCUGAUAUGUCCAUUAUCUAAGAAGAUGUUUGUUGAUCCAGUAAAAACAAAAUAUGGAACCAUCUAUGAGCGAAAAGCAAUUGAAAAGCAUAUAAAAACGCAACGAAAUGCAAAGGAUCCAAAUACAGACAAACUCCUUAGAAGAACUGACCUCAAGGCAGACCAAGAUAUGAAAAAAAUGGUGAUGAACUUUCGUAAACAGGAAAUCUUGGAGACAAGUGUUUAAAGUACAACACGGUAGCCAACGGCCUAGUAUGACCCCUCGUAUAUCUGUUGAAAAUUGAUUAUGAUGAAGAAGGAACAGAAAUAGAGUUAAGUGUAUGGAAAUGGAAUGUAAUUGAUUUCUUCACUGACAUGUGCCUAUAUUUUAUCUUACUGGGUUUAUUUUCUUGGGGGUUGUACCUAGAGUACGAAUUGUGCGUGUAACGGACAUUAAUAACUGGUAGACUCUGUAAUCAAUCAGUUCUUCAAUGUGAAAAUUUGCUAAUUCUCAUAAGAAUGUUCUGGUAAUCUUAUAUCUAGAAGAUUCCCAAAAUCUUGAUGUAGUGAUGUAGAUAAAACGUUUUACCUGAAUAAAAACUUUAGGAUGUGUGAGAUCGGUGAAGGGCCCACAUUAUUAAUGGUGUUUAAAUGCAGAGUUAAUUGCGUACCCACUCCACCCCAAAUCAAACAACACAAACUUAAAUUAAUCUUAUAACCUUUAACUAUGAACUGUAAGUAACAAAUAACUAAAUGUAGUCAGCAUUUCAUCUUUCUAAUUAUUGUCUCAUACAAUAAAUUUGCUCUGUCAAUUUUUUUUGGAUAAAACCCUGAAAUAUAUACACCAAUUCUAUCAACAACACUGCAGUACCUGAAACCUACCUGUAAGGAGGAUGGCGGUAGUGGAGGAACCAGGCACAGGCGAAAUGAACUCGAUG